AUGGCGCGGACGUACGCUGUAUGUGUCACGAGCGGCUCGACUUUGGGGACAGGACUGACCACUCUACAGGAUGCAGUAACCUCGCUGAACACUCUUCAGUCCAACUUUGCAAUUGUCGAUGCCGUCCGCAAGUCUGGAGGCAGGUUGAAUGAACUGUCCAUCCCUGAGAUGGUCGAAUGGUGCCGCAAGAUUGGAUACCAACCUACGGAUUUGAAUGCGUUAAAGGUGAUACACAUAGCUGGAACCAAGGGCAAAGGGUCGACUGCAGCCUUCACCUCGUCCAUCCUCACUCAGUUCGUUGGAGAAAAAGAGGCGAAAUCCUUGUCAAAAGUUGGCUUGUACACAUCUCCACAUCUUCGAUUUGUUCGAGAACGCAUCCAGAUCAAUGGAGAACCUCUGUCGGAGGGACAAUUCGCCCAGUAUUUCUUCGAGGUCUGGGAUAGGCUGGAGAAUGUCGCGAAUGAAGCAGGACAAGACCCCCGGGCUCCCGGAUCGAAACCCGUCUAUUUCAGAUUCCUCACCUUGAUGGCCUUCCACACCUAUAUGAGGGAAAAGGUUGACGUUGCUGUGAUUGAGUGUGGCAUCGGUGGUGCUUAUGACAGUACAAACAUCUUGGAAUCUCCAGCCGUCACUUGUAUCACAAGCCUCGGCAUAGACCAUGUCGGCAUGCUCGGUUCCACAAUUGGCGAGAUUGCCUGGCACAAGUCUGGCAUCAUGAAGAGCGGCGUCAAGUGUUUCACCCCGAGCACUCAGCCUGCGGAAGCGAAGGCCGUGAUGGAGCGAGUCGCAAACGAGAAGGGCAGCGUGCUCCAGUAUGUGGACGUCGAUCCAGCUAUCGCCAGCGGUGACAUCAAGCUCGGACUCCAAGCAGACUUUCAGAAGAUGAAUGCUAGUCUUGCUGUCGCUUUGGCGAAGACGUGGUUGAACCAGCAGGGUUACGCAGACGACCUCGACUACAAGCAAAAGUUUGCGCGUGGGUUGGAAACUGUCCGGUGGCCUGGCAGAUGUGAGACACGGUUAGAGCCAGGAAUAAAAUGGUGCAUUGAUGGUGGCCACACCCUCGAAAGCAUUGAGCUGGCAGGGAAGUGGUUCGCUUCUCAACUCAUGACCAACAAGGACUCUCCAGGACCCCUUCACCCCCAGCCUCGUUUCUUGAUCUUCAAUCAACAGACACGCGACGCCGCUUCGCUCGCGACAGCAUUAUUCAACACGUUGUCGACGGCACUUGAUGAACCCCACCCGUUCACCCAUGCUAUUUUCUGCACCAACACGACAUUCAAGGACACGGGAUUCAAGCCCGAUCUCAUUUCAGUCAAUACCAAUGCAUCAGACGUUGAGUCAAUGAAAGUGCAGAAUAACCUCGCAGAGACAUGGAGAGGCAUUGAUUCGUUGUGUCGGGUCGAAGUGGUGAGAACGAUUGAAGAAGCAGUCAGUCUCGUCCGCAACUUUGCGAAUGACCACCACCAGCAGGUCGCCGGAACAGACAAUGAGGAAGUGGCGGCGUUGGUCACGGGUAGCCUACACCUCGUUGGAGGAUUCUUGGAGGUUUUGGAGAGUACGAUAUCCGAAUAA